AUGUUUGAGCAGCCCGAAAAGGUAAAGCCUCGUCGUGUGGUUGCAAAGACAUGGCAGCAGGUCUUCCUGAUUUACUAUAUUUCCUUCACAUUUAUCCUGCCUCCUCUUGCUGAUCCCAAGUGCUCUACGGCGGAGAUGGCGUCACAGAUACAACUCUCGAUACCACAGGAAGGGAAACUGGUGAAUGUCGUGCCCGUAGUUUUAAAGGAAGCCGCCCUUGAUUCACCGAGUUUUCGAGCUACGACGGUACAUUUCUCCGAGCAGAUAGAUUAUAUGGAAAGAUGGCUCGACAAUUAUAUCAAAACUACAGGGCGGCUUACGUCCGAACUGGCGUCGCUGGAGAAUAUAUCGAACGGAAUCCUUGCCCAUAUCACCUCCCCGCCGAAUAUCUCCGAAGCCAUCCUCGAUCAAGACUAUGCUUUACUCGCAAUGAAACGUUACGGGGAGUGCUUUAGAGAUAGCUGGUCUGGAAUGAUAAAUGCAACCAAGCGGUUCGAGAUAUAUUGCUAUUCUCCGUUAACACCCGCCCAGGAGCUGCGAAGGGUUCUCGAUCAGACUCAGAAGCAGUUUGAUCAGCUACAAGCAAGAUACUCCUCCCAGGGAAAAUCAAAAGAGCCGUCUUCUUUGAGGGAAGAUGCAUUCCAACUCCAUGAGGCCAGGAAAGCAUACCUCAAAGCCUCCAUGGACUUCUCUGUACAAGCUCCACAGCUCAAGGUUGCACUGGAAAAGCUUCUUGUCAAAGUGUUUUUUGACCAGUGGCGGGAAUUCCGGGUUGUCAGGGAUGCAUCCUCGGCUACCUUCACCAAAUAUGGGCAGGAGAUGGAGCGAACAAAAGGAUGGACCCAUGAGUUGGAGGCGGGUGAGAAGUCUGCCCGCAGAGAUCUACUGAUUGCAAGAAAACAAAUUGAAGAGUCUGUUGAGUAUUCUACGAGACCUUCAAGAGAGCUGGACGAUUAUUCUAUAUCCACAGUGCCAUACCUUGGCUCACACGGACCUGCGUCCGUCAAACUUGCUGAGAGCCAUGUUUUUCUACCGGAAAAGCAAGGCUGGCUUAACCUAAGGGUCCUCACCGGAAAGCCAACAAGGACACUCUGGGUGCGACGUUGGGCUUUUUUGAAGAAUGGAAUUUUUGGUUGUCUGGUUCAGAACCCUAGGACUGGAGGAGUGGAAGAGAGUGAACGAAUAGGUGUAUUGCUUUGCAGCAUCCGUCCAGCUUUUCAAGAAGAACGCCGUUUCUGUUUCGAGGUUAAGACCAAAAGCAACACAAUCCUACUACAGGGAGAGACUCAAAAAGAACUCACAGACUGGAUAGGGUCAUUUGAAGCUGCUAAACGAAAAGCUCUUGAAAGCCCUAGUUCAGAGAUGUCAGCGGCUUCAAAAUCGAAAUCACCAGACCCAGCGUUUGCAAUCUCACAACCCCCUGCCCCUGAAUUUGCAGCAGAUCCUUCUGACUCUUUGACCCCGAACACCACUGAGGAGCUGCCUGCUGUUGAGCGCGGGGCCACCACGCCUUUACUGGAUUUGGAUGCACUAGGUGUCAGAAGUAGUGCUGAUUUCUCUCACUCUAGACGAUCUACCGGUCCAGACAGAGACGCUGAUGGUGCUGGUCGGGAUCACACUUCAAGGAUAAUCCAGAAGUUAGAUAUCCAUCGAAAACAAAAUCCAAACUCGCCUCUCCUUGUGCCACCUUCACCUGCGCAACCAUCGAGUGGCAUUGCUAGCUUGAUAUCUGCGAGCCAUAGCAUGUUCCCUGUCACGUCUGUUCCAUUUGCAAAGGAUGGCAAUAUUGACAGCGGUAAAUCAAGAGGUGCCUCUAAAGGAGAUCGCAGCCACACCUCCCUUGCGCCAUCAACAUUAGUUAACCCCCCUGCACCUACAAGCAUGAGUAGAGUGGCUAUUAUGGUCAGCGCCGAGCGAGGCAUUGGUAUGGGACCAGGCGAUACUGCAAGCUCGAUACCCACUGGAAUGAUGGCCAAUUUAUGGGGAAGUUCGCAAUGGGCAAUGGUGAAUCAACUUCAACGAGACGAACCACCUGGAGCCCCUGAGAGUACUUCUAAUCACCCCGUAGUACGCUUUUCCCCUGCCGUUCUUCAUCCUCAACCCCAAGUUAACGAAAUUCAGGUUGAAAUAACUCCAGAUACUCCCUCUAGCUCUACAGGUAACCCUCAAGGUCGUACAUCUAUGACACGUCAUAGGGCUACAGUCAGCCUUGGAGACACUGGAGCAUUCCAUCCAGAUACCGUCACAGCGCUUCAUGACUAUCCACCUUACUAUCCACAGCAACUCAGACCACACAACUCUCAAUUUCGCCUACUCUUCCCACAUAUACCCAGAAACGAAAGUCUUGUUCUUGUUUUCAGGGCUACAUUUAGCCCAAAUGAUCAACAAGAUUUCCCGGGAAGAGCAUUUGCAACUACUCACAACAUCUAUUUCUACAGCAACCAUCUUGGGCUUGUUUUAACCACCUGCGCCAAUUUACGCAGUAUAACCGAGGUUACUGCUGCACCGGGUAGGGAUUGUGACUUUUUAUAUCUUCAUGUUGUUCCGGAAAAAGGAAGCGAUAUCCCUGGACGUUUGGGGGUGAAGACAUUCCUGGAACCCUUGAAACUGCUGCAGAGAAGACUGAAUUACCUUGUCACCAACGCUGCUCUCGACAACCCAGCGGGCUUAGAAACAGUAAUUAACACUCUGAUUAAGCUGGAAACCACUGGUCCGACAAGAACACCUAGUAUGGACAGUUGGGAAGAUGUAUCUUUGAACACCCCAGCUGAUGACGGUACCGUGGUACCAAAACCAGAGAAAUUGCUGAAAGCCAGCACGUAUAUUGACCAUGACCUGGAUAUCGAUCCCACCAAGCAGAACUCUGCAACACAAGCUUCUCGUAUAAGAUUGCCUUCACAGCCAGUCAUAUAUGAACCACAAGGGUCCCUUAACCUUGCUGCUGAACAAUACGUUAACAUGAGCCCCAAAGCUUUGUUCCUCGUGCUUUUCGGAGAUAAUAGUCCAAUCUGGCAGCUCUCUCAGCACCAAAGAAGAGCACAGACUAAUGAUAUGAAGAUAUCAAGCAAGGACCAUGGGUCACUUUACCUUCUUCCCAUCUUCGACGUGAGAUGGCGUAUCAAAUCCGCAUGGUUGAUACAUUCGGUAAGAUUUUCCAAAAACUCUAAAUUUUCCCACUCAACUAAUAUUGUAUAUCAUCUAGGACGAUCCCACCUCGCAGACGUCUGUGAUUACCAAAUCAUAGAUGUAUUUAACGACCACCUUUGCUAUGUUGUCACGGACAAACGCACUCCCUGGCAUCUACCAUUCAAGCGGCAAUUUAGGCUCGUUAGCAAAGCUGUCAUCACCCAUGUUUCCAAAUCUAAAUGCAAGCUAGCUAUAUUCACCAAGGUUGAGUGGAUAUCGCAGCCAUAUCUUAUAAGCAUUAACAUGCAUCAAGGUAUAAUCGAACGGCAGGCAAUGAAGGAGCUAGAACAAAGCUCACUAGACUUGAUCGACCUAGUCUCAGACCAAGUAAAACGACUUGGGCCGUAUCCUACAACGAAAAGUGCAAUCUCCAUGUUUGGUAACAUUGGCCAUCAGACAGAAACUUCCAACAUCACAGUUUCUGAAAGGGUUCGGUUACAGCUUCAACGCCCAUUAAAGCAGAGUGGUUUGCUGCCACUGCUACUAGAAACAUCUGGAUCGUUAUUCCAAUCCGCAGCAUCUUCCUUGAUUAUCUGGUUCUGGGCCCUGCUUCGAUGGAUUUGGAAAGUAUCUAAUGCCAAUAAGACUAUUCUAUUGCUAUUGAUCCUCAGUCUUCUCGCUAAUGGGUUUCACUCCUGGCGUGAUACAAUGGAUUGGUGGCAAGAACGCAACGCAGGUAAAUUCAUGGCCCGCCUUGGUGUUCGUCCAAACAUAGUGAUGGGCAAAGCAGUCUAUCUUAAAGAUUUACAUGACGCUGUUCCGGAUUCGGUAGAGAUCCAGGGCUUCAAUACUAGCAUUUGUUUUUCAACGUUCCGUGAAGAGAACGGGUUGACAAGAAAUAACUUACUAUUACCGCCAUCAAGCACACCUGCUCAGAAUAAAAUAUCACGUAACGCAGCAUACCGGCUCCAACGCACUCGGGAAAGACUUGGGUCCUAUCGCCACAACCUCCUUGUUGGCCUAAAGGUGGUGAAUAGCAUCGAGAAGGAAGUUCUUCACUUGGAGUGGGAACGAUGGCUUCGUCGAGAAACCGGGAGAUGCGCCAUGCUUGAUAUAAUGCUCAAAGAGCAUAUACAAUAUCACGAUAAUGACGACUAUGACGGAGUUUUGGGUAUUCGAAAACAGAUUUUAUCUGGAAACCAGAAGGAAAUUGAGAAGUGGUAUAAGGAGUAUUGUUCGAGCUGCCAACGGGACCAGGAGAGGAUUCAUAUCAAUAAUUAG